GCAGGACUAGCGGUACUGCUGAUCGAUGGCGUGCGGCAAAUGCGAGGAUAGCGUUGGAACGAUCACUACUGCGCAUGAGAGCGCGUCAGUCCUCCAUCCAUGUGUCGAUCCAACCGUAACCGGGCCGGUCGAGAACGACGGACACCUGCUGGUUAACCUCUCUGUCUAGCCUCGGCUGGAUAUCCGCACGAACGACGAGACCCCUUGUCCAGGAACACGUUUUAUGCUCGCAGCUAGAAUGUCUAAUUUGCGGAAAUUCAUAGAUAUCGGAGCGAAUUUAACGGAUUCUAUGUAUCAAGGGGUCUAUCAUGGUUCCCAGAAACAUCAGCCAGAUUUGGAUAGGGUUUUGGAACGGAGUUGGAAAAACAAUCUUUCGAAGAUCAUCAUCACAGGUGGCAACAUCGAAGAUAGCAAGAAAGCUCUUGAAAUAGCGAGGACUGAUGACAGACUGUAUUCGACAGUCGGUUGUCACCCAACUCGUUGCAAUGAGUUUGAGGAAUGCGGCAACCCAGAGGAGUAUCUUAAGUCACUGUCAGACCUGGCGAUAAAUAAUAAGGAUAAGGUCAUCGCGAUUGGCGAGAUGGGACUGGACUACGAUAGGUUGAAUUUUUGCCCUAAAGAGACCCAGAAGAAGUACUUCGAGAUGCAAUUGUCAUUGUGUUCUACGCUAAAGCUACCGAUGUUUCUACACUGCCGCAACGCCAGCGACGACUUCGUGCGAAUCCUGAGAAAGCACAAAAAUGAAUUAACGCCGGGCGUCGUGCACUCCUUCGAUGGCAAUCCAGAGGACGCGAAUUCUAUAUUACAAUUAGGCUUGUACAUUGGCGUCAAUGGAUGUUCAUUGAAAACGGAGGAAAAUCUUUUCGCAAUCACUACUAUUCCCUCGGAUAGGCUCAUGAUAGAAACAGAUUGCCCAUGGUGCGAGAUCAGGCCAACGCAUGCAUCUGCGAAUGAUGUUAUCACGCACUUUCCAUCCGUGAAAAAGGAAAAGUGGCAAUCGGAUCAGAUGGUAAAAGGACGGAACGAACCCUGCACGAUAGUUCAAAUAUUGGAAGUCCUAGCGCGGAUCAGAGACGAGGAGGAGGAGUACCUGUGUAAUCAAAUCUACAAGAAUACAAUGAAGCUCUUCUUCCCGUACGAAUUAUAGUAUGCAAGUACUCGACGCUGCAAAAACAUAAACGGACUUGGAGUGCGUUGAUGGAACACGCAUUCAUGGAAGUAAUCAGGGAUAAAAGCUGUGAAUGUACGCGCGUAGAGCAAAGCGAAGACGGAAUUAAAAGAAAAACACACUGCUGAAACUCUAUUAAAAAGAAGAAAUGAAGACACUCAUUUUUACAUACGUGGCUUUUUUUUAUGGAAGUGGCCAAUGUCACUGUCCACACAGAUCUCUCUUCCCAUGUAAAACUUUAAUAUAUUCUUGUUAAAAUUAUAUUAUUAUCAUAUCUCAUAUUCAUCUAUUGCAUUUCAUCGCUAUUACCAUCAUCUCAUUAUUAUUAUUAUUAUUAUUAUUAUAUAAUAUUGCGAUAUAUUUAUUAAUAUUAUUCUGCUAUUCCUAAAAA